AUGGUCACUCCAAACCUUGAUUCGGCCUCAGAAGCCGGCCAAUACCAGGAUCAUCCAGACGCACCCCUGCCGAUCCGAGUGGAGCAGUCGGGAUCGAACUCGAUAUCGGAGCAGAGAUCAACGAAAACGCAAUUCCAAGACGAGGAUGGACACAACUAUAACUGUGAAAGCGGUAGUGAAGCCGACACCCAACCAGCAUUGGCCCAAUCAGAACCUCGUCCGAUCGAGGACGACGAAGAUGACGAGGCUCUCGCUAUGGCGGCUUCACGACCCCGCCAUGCAUGGCAGGUAUGGUGGUUGCGCAAUAAGGGUAUGGGCCUUGUCCUGCUGGCACAGGCUUUUGCCGCCUCGAUGAAUGUCAUGACGCAGGUUUUGGAAAUUCAUAGUGCUAUGCAUCCUUUCCAGAUCCUCUUCGCCCGCAUGUCCAUAACAGCAGUCGCAAGCUACCUAUACAUGUUCCUCGCCUCAACACCCUCCCCAUUCGGCACACGUCCAGUCCGUGGUCUCCUCCUCCUCCGCGCCCUCUUCGGCUUCAUGGGUGUCUACGGCCUCUACUACUCCGUCCAAUAUCUCCCCCUCUCCGAGGCAACGGUUAUCACUUUCCUCUCACCGAUUAUCUCCUGCUACGCCUGCUCCCUCCUCAUCCCCGGCGAGACCUUCUCCCGGAAGCAGCUGUUCGCCGGUCUGGUCUCUCUCGGCGGUGUCGUCCUCAUUGCCCGUCCAUUCAGCAAGCGUGACCCGAACACAGCAAUCGCAACCCCAACUGCCGCUGCCGCUUGGGCAUUGGGUAUCUCCACUUCAACGGAUGAUAAACCCCCUUCUGAGGCGGAUUCUUACCACCAUGUCAUGGCGACGAUCGUCGCUUUGGUCGGUGUGCUCGGCGCAUCAGGUGCUUAUAGUUCUAUCCGUAUGAUCGGUCGUCGCGCGCAUCCCCUCGUGUCUGUGACGUAUUUCUCGUCCGUAACGACGGUUAUUUCGUUCGUGGCGAUGGUCACCUUGCCUUCUGUGCCGUUCCGCGUGCCUAAUACGGUUGUGGAGUGGACGUUGCUGACGGGAUUGGGUGUUUGUGGAUUCCUGUUGCAGUUUUUGUUGACGGCAGGUUUGUCGUAUGUCCCGCCUGCAUCGGUGUCGGAUGGAAAGCCUGUGGCGCAGGGGGGACGUGCGACGUCGAUGCUCUAUAUGCAGAUGCUCUUUGCGGUGUUUUAUGAUAAGGUUGUUUGGGGAAGUACGCUGAGUCCGAUUAGUUGGGUUGGAUCUGCGAUCAUUUUGGUCUGUGCGAUUUAUGUGGCGUUUUCGCAGGAGAGACCUGUUCAGCGGGGGAGUGAGGAGUAUCGUGAUGUGGAGGGAUACAAGGAUGUCACUGAUGAGGAGAGAGCGGAAGGGAAUUGA